AUGCCGCCGAGACGAAAUGCACCUGCGGGUGACAACGAUAAUACCUCUGCAAUAGAUCGUAUGGCUCAGGCAAUGGAGAGGAUGGCUGAGUUUAUGCUAGCUCAGCAAGGUCGAAACCAAAACCAGGGACAGCCACGGGUGGAUUUUGCUAAGGCAAUCGCCAACCGACAACCGCCGUACUACGCAGGUGAAAAAGAUCUAGUGAUUUUGGAGGAGUGGAUCCGAACGUUCGACAAGUUGCUCAACGCAGUGAAUUGCCCUGCGAAUCAACGAGUAUCUUCUACAGUCUAUUACCUGACGAAAACCGCAGACAACUGGUGGGCAACAGUCGGACCUAAUCUCUUGCAAGACCCAGCGUUUGGUUGGGAAGAAUUCAAGGUGGAAUUAAGGGAAGAAUUCUACACAGAGCGUAUUAAGGGGAUUAAAUGCGAGGAGUUCCUACGACUAAAGCAGAAGGGAGCAACUAUCCAGGAAUAUUAUGACCAAUACGUUGAGCUGAUGCGUUUUGCUCAAGAGAUCGUACCGGAUGAGGCAAGUAAGGCAAGGAGAUUCGUUCGGGGGUUGGACUGGAGCAUAAGGGGAAUGAUCGCACCAUUCAUGUGCUCUACCUUGAAAGAGGCGUAUGAUAGAGCCUCAGAUCAUUAUCAAGUAUACCUAGACCAACAGGAAGUCUACGGCCGAAGCAAGAGGAAAGCUGAUGGCAAGUCUCGGAAGUUUCCGGCAGGAAACAAGAAGGCCAACCAAGGCAGCUUCAACCCAGUACGAGGAAGAGAAGGAGUCAAUCUGGGGAACCGUCCUGCUUGCCCAAGAUGUGGGAGGAAUCAUCCCGGAGAAAACUGUCAAGGGAUGAAGUUUAGAUGUUACAAGUGUGGUCUCCUGGGGCACAAAUCUUUUCAGUUCCGAAGUCAGGAAGACAGUCCCCAAAAACCUCUGCAGAAUGUGAAUCAAGGAAGGAGAUUCAAUGGGAAUGCCGGCCAAAAGCCCGCAGGAGCAGAAGACAAGAGGACCAACUCCCAGUUUGUGAAUCUGGGAAGACCAGCGAAUGCCACGUUUGGUUCCAACCACAAAGGAAAGCAAGUGAAGGGAGAAAGCAGCGGAUAG